AUGCAGCGCACCGGCGCCGGCGGCUCGCUUCAGGAGCGUGGCGGCGGUGGGGGCGGGAUUGGAGGAGCAAAGAGGCGCGGCAGCGGGAGAUGGAGCACUGGGGCGGUCGCCGUCGCCGGCGCCGGCGUGGAAAUGGGGAUCGCAAGCUGGGCCACGAUACGAGAGGGUGGCGGAUCUGGAGCUGCUUCUGGAUCUAUAAGUGGUGGUGUUGGAGGCAGUGGUGGACCACAGCCUUCGAUGUUCAGAAGGAGUCAGUCACAAGUCCCCGAGAGGGUUAGGGACUACCACCUAGGUUUGAGCAGUGCUCCACGACAGCAAAGGAUUGAUACCGGCCCAUGGACUGUCAAGGGGAGGACAUCAAGAGAGCUUCUAGGGAGGGCAUGGGCGAAGGCGUGCCAUGCUGUCGGUAUUCCCGGCCGGAAAGUCGAUGACCCAUACUUUAAAGCUGCGAUCGUGGAGACCCAGAAACAAGGUGUUGGAAUCAAAAUACCAUCAAGGAGGGAGAUAGAUGGAAAAUAUUUGGAUGAGAAUGUGAAGGAGAUAGAGAAAGAGAUAGAGAAGUGGAAGAACGAGUGGGAUGAAUGUGGAGUCACGAUCAUGUGUGAUUCGUGGACGGGGCCUAUGCGUAAUUCGGUCAUUAAUUUCUUGGUGUAUAGCGGUGGCACCAUGUAUUUCUUGAAGUCCAUCAAUGCGUCCGACAAAAUACAGGACCAUCAAUACUUGUUGAAGGAGAUACGAGCAGUGGUCAUGAAAGUGGAGCCUCACAAUGUGGUUCAGCUUGUCACGGAUAAUGGUUCGAACUACAAAAAAAGCCUGCAAAAUUCUCUGUCACGAGUUCCCUACCAUUGCAUGGCAGCCUUGCCUUGCCCAUACCAUCAACCUUAUGCUGAAGGACAUAGGGAAGUGGUCAGAGCAUGA